GUGUGGACGAUCGAGUUCCAAGUAGACGCGUCCGAGUUGCCGUUUGAGUACUCGUACGCCCUUCGGGACGGCGACGACGUCGUGGAGGACGCUCGAGGCGCGCGAGAGUGUUCGCUGAGCGACGACGGGGACGUCGCAAACGCGGUAGAAAGACGAUUGAUUCAUCGCGAUGGCGUCUUCACCCACGGCGGGGUUUGGAAAGGUUCGGGAAUGGCGCUUCCCGUCUUCUCCGUGCGCACGGCGCAGAGCGUCGGGUGCGGCGACUUUGUGGAUUUGCGUCAAAUGGUGGACUUUGCGUCGACGACUGGGAUGUCCGUGGUGCAGGUGUUGCCGGUAAAUGACACGUGCGUGUACGGCACUUUUUGGGACUCUUAUCCGUACUCGUCGCUCUCCGUGCACGCGCUUCACGUCAUGUAUCUGCGCGUGCAAGAGCUAUCCGGCGUCACGGCGGAACUCGCGGAGGAAAUCGAAGCCGCGCGCGUGGCGUUGGACUUGAAAGAGAUCGACUACGAGGCAACGGUAAAGGAGAAACUUUCGUUCGCGCGUCGAGCCUAUUAUACCGACGGCGAAAAGGUUCUCGCGUCUGAUGAUUUUCAAACGUUUUAUAAAGCCAAUGAAUCGUGGCUGCGACCGUACGGCGUCUUUUGCGUACUUCGAGAUUUGUUCGGUACGGCUGAACAUUGGCGUUGGGGUGUGUUCGCCACGUUCUCGAAAGAAAUUUUGGACAAGAUUGAUUGCCCGGGAGGCGAUUUGUACGAGUCGACACGAUUCUUUUUUUACCUCCAGUACAAUUUGCACACCCAACUGGUUACGACGGCGCAAUACGCCAAGUCAAAGGGUGUCAUUUUGAAAGGCGAUCUUCCGGUCGGCGUGGACAAACGCAGCGUCGAUACGUGGAUGCACCCACGUUUGUUCCGCAUGGAUACUUCCACGGGCGCGCCGCCCGAUGCUUUUGAUGCAAACGGACAGAACUGGGGAUUCCCGACGUACAACUGGGAAACUAUGGCUGAGGACGACUACGCCUGGUGGCGAGCUCGCAUGCAACACUUGGAGCAGUACUUCAGCGCGAUUCGUAUCGAUCAUAUCUUAGGAUUCUUCCGAAUAUGGGAACUUCCCGCGAGCGCUACAACUGGGCGCAUGGGUCGGUUCAGGCCGUCGCUACCGCUCACGCGCGACGAGCUCGCGGCGCGUGGGUUGUGGGAUCUCAAUCGUCUGACGCAGCCUUAUAUCCAAUGGCACGAGUUAGAGGUGCUUUUCGGAGAAAACGUGCACGAAAUCGCGUAUCGAUACAUGAUCGAGGUCGAUGAUCAGCGCGGAUUAUGGCAGUUCAGACGUGAGUUUGACACUGAACAGGCUAUUUUUGCCGCAACGAAACCUCGCGGAGAUUUCCCGAUGCAUCUCAACGACGAACAACUCUUGGUUCGCGCUGGAUUGAUGCAACUGUUUCAAAACCGAUGCCUCUUGACAGACGUGGAGAAUAUCGACCAUUUCUAUCCUCGGUUCGGGCUCGAAGAGACGACGUCUUUCCAAGCGCUCGAAGGCUGGAUGCGAGACGCGCUCAGAGAUUUGUCGAACGAUUACUAUUUCGGCCGUCAAACGAACACAUGGCGUAAGCAAGCACGAAAAGUGUUACCCGCGCUGUUGAAAUCGACGGAAAUGCUCGUGUGUGGAGAAGACCUCGGCUUCACACCGAUGUGCGUGCCGCCUGUGAUGGAUGAACUUGGUAUUCUAGGUUUACGCAUUCAGCGCAUGCCUCCCGUGGGCGAAAGUUCAGAAUUCGGUCGCCCGCACACGUAUUCAUACUUAACGGUUUGCUCGCCUUCUUGUCACGACACCAUGACCACGCGAGCGUGGUGGGAAGAAGACGCCGAACGCCGUGCGCGAUACGACGAGAUGUUUCAGUGCGGAAAUGACGACGCGUGCACGCCGAGUGUGAUGCGCCGAAUUCUCACCCAGCACAUCGAAAGUCCGAGCGUGCUGGCUAUUUUCCCGAUUCAAGACGUUCUUGCGCUCGACGAACGAUACGCCAAGCGACCAGCGCUGGAAGAAACAAUCAACGACCCAACGAAUCCCAAACAUUACUGGCGGUUCAGAAUCCAUGUUGCGUGUGAAGAAUUACUCGCAAACGCAUCAUUCGUGAAAGAAAUCAAAGACCUCGUGCGCGUGCGCUCGCAAACAACAUCAACUUAG